GUCGCUGCCGGGGCCGCUGCUGACAACAAGAUGGCGGCGGCGGCGGGUCCGGCUGGCGCCGAGAGCCGCGUGUUGGGCUACAGCCUGCACCGCUGGAGCAGCUUCUCCUCCACCUACCUGCCCGAGAAUAUCUUGGUGGAUAAACCCAAUGAUCAAUCCUCACGAUGGUCUUCAGAAAGCAAUUAUCCUCCCCAGUAUUUAAUCCUGAAGCUUGAAAGACCUGCCAUAGUCCAGAGCAUCACAUUUGGCAAAUAYGAGAAAACACAUGUCUGCAAUUUAAAGAAGUUUAAAGUCUUUGGUGGGAUGAAUGAGGAGAAUAUGACAGAUCUCUUAUCCAGUGGCUUAAAGAAUGAUUAUAACAAAGAAACAUUCACCUUGAAGCAUAAAAUUGAUGAACAGAUGUUCCCCUGUCGAUUCAUUAAGAUAGUUCCACUCUUAUCCUGGGGACCUAGCUUCAAUUUUAGUAUCUGGUAUGUUGAACUAAAUGGCAUUGAUGAUCCAGAUGUGGUCCAGCCGUGCCUCAACUGGUACAGCAAGUACCGUGAACAGGAAGCCAUUCGCCUUUGCCUAAAGCAUUUUCGGCAGCACAACUACACCGAAGCUUUCGAGUCGCUGCAGAAGAAAACCAAAAUUGCUCUGGAGCACCCCAUGUUGACAGACCUGCAUGACAAACUGGUGUUGAAGGGGGACUUCGAUGCCUGUGAAGAGCUGAUAGAAAAAGCUGUGAAUGAUGGCUUAUUCAAUCAGUAUAUCAGUCAGCAGGAGUACAAACCUCGCUGGGGGCAGAUUAUCCCCAAAAGCACCAAAGGUGACGGGGAAGACAGUCGGCCAGGAAUGAGAGGUGGCCAUCAGAUGGUCAUAGAUGUGCAGACAGAAACUGUUUAUUUGUUUGGUGGCUGGGAUGGAACUCAGGAUCUGGCUGACUUCUGGGCAUACAGUGUGAAGGAAAACCAGUGGACCUGUAUAUCCAGGGAUACUGAAAAAGAGAGCGGUCCCAGUGCCAGGUCCUGUCACAAGAUGUGCAUUGACAUCCAGCGGCGGCAGAUCUACACUCUGGGGCGGUACCUGGAUUCCUCUGUGAGGAACAGCAAGUCCCUGAAAAGUGACUUCUAUCGCUACGACAUCGACACCAACACCUGGAUGUUGCUGAGUGAGGACACUGCAGCAGAUGGAGGCCCCAAGCUGGUGUUUGAUCAUCAGAUGUGCAUGGAUUCUGAAAAACACAUGAUCUACACCUUUGGAGGCCGAAUUCUGACUUGUAAUGGCAGCGUGGACGACAGCAGAGCCAGUGAGCCCCAGUUCAGUGGUUUGUUUGCUUUYGACUGCCAGUGCCAGACGUGGAAACUUUUGAGGGAGGAUUCCUGCAACGCUGGCCCCGAGGAUAUCCAGUCCCGGAUAGGACACUGCAUGUUGUUCCAUUCUAAAAAUCGCUGCUUGUAUGUAUUUGGUGGCCAGAGAUCAAAGACUUACUUGAAUGACUUCUUCAGUUAUGAUGUGGACAGUGACCACGUGGACAUUAUCUCAGAUGGCACGAAGAAAGAUUCAGGGAUGGUUCCAAUGACAGGUUUCACUCAAAGAGCCACCAUUGAUCCCGAGCUGAAUGAAAUCCAUGUCUUGUCAGGGCUCAGUAAAGACAAGGAGAAGCGGGAAGAGAAYGUAAGGAAUUCCUUCUGGAUUUAUGACAUUGUGAGGAACAGCUGGUCUUGUGUCUAUAAGAAUGACCAAGCWGCAAAAGAGAAUCCAGGUAAAAGCCUUCAGGAAGAGGAGCCCUGUCCAAGGUUUGCCCAUCAGCUGGUGUAUGAUGAGUUGCACAAGGUUCAUUACUUAUUUGGAGGGAAUCCUGGUAAAUCCUGCUCUCCAAAGAUGAGAUUAGAUGAUUUCUGGUCUCUGAAGCUSUGCCGACCAUCAAAGGAAUACCUGCUAAGACACUGCAAAUACCUCAUCAGAAAGCACAGGUUUGAAGAGAAAGCUCAGACUGACCCUCUUAGUGCACUGAAGUACCUGCAGAAUGAUUURUAUGUAACCGUGGAUCACUCGGACCCCGAGGAGACAAAAGAGUUUCAGCUUCUUGCCUCAGCAUUAUUUAAGUCUGGCUCGGAUUUCACGACUCUUGGAUUUUCAGACGUUGACCACACGUAUGCCCAGAGAACUCAGCUCUUUGACACAUUAGUCAACUUCUUCCCGGACAACAUGACCCCUCCUAAAGGCAACCUGGUGGACCUCAUCACGCUGUAACAGAGCAAUCACUGGACAYGUGGAAGAGGGGAAAAGCAUCCAUUUUCAGUAUUUUAAUUUUUUUACUGCAUUGAUUGACUGCUGGGAUGAAGUUAAUAUAGUAACCCCUAGGUGUUUGAAAGGGGUUAUAUACUUGUAUGGUGAAUCCCUGGAGCUUUUCCCUUGGAGUAGGUUAAUAAAAUGUAACUGACGUACUUCUGACUAAAUAUAUAUAUAUUUUUUCUGACUUUGGAUUUUGAGUUAGCAAAUGUAAGAUGAAAAGGUGGGGGGAAAAGAAAAAGAAAUAAAACCCAGUCAUGCAGUGAUCUUUUUGCCUAUGGGGGAAAAUUUGAGAUUUGUGAGUUGUCUGGGAUUAAAUAUGAUGGGUUUUAUUUUGGGUUUCCUGAGUAAGUGGGGGAAGAGAUUUUUCUUUCCUCAUUUGUAGCUAGUCAUGAUGUAUUGCUUCAUCCUACAACUCCAUCCUCAGCGCUGAAUAACUUGGUGGCAGGACACUGGCACAUGUUGAGGUGAUGUCAUUUGUGUCCUGACUCUCGUACUCGCGGUGUGUUGUGGGAAUKCGAGCGCGUGUUCCAAACCAUCUGUCUCCUCGUCCCAGAGUCGUGCUGACAGUAGUGUCUAAUUGCAUCUGAGACUCCAUUUAAACUGACUACCURCAUCCCUGUCUCCUGUUCUCUGGAGCCUUCCACUUAAACCUGGCAGGCGAGAGGGAACCUCAGAGAUACCGCUGGAAAACGGGAGCGCGGUCUCUGUCCGCAAGAGCCCCUUUUCAGGGACUGAUCUCUUUGCUGCUCUGCUCUUCCACUGAGAAACCCUGCGGGUCCUCGGCGAGCCAGGCAGAACUGGGUCUUCCACCACACACAUCCCCAACCUCUGCAACCUGACCCUGGGUUGGGUGUAGGAUUUCUGAAGCAGAUUGUCUUCGUUUCCACGUGCUUCUGUGUGCGUUUGUCCACGUGUCCGUGUACAGGGYGUUGCUCUCAACAGCUUGUCUCCUUCCUGUGUAGUGCAGCUCCCUUGUCAAUGCAUUUUAGACCUAGAUCUGAAUGUGAGGGAGGCCUUUUUAGCUUAAAUCUCUUUGAAAAUGAGCUGAUGCAUAUGUAUAGAAAAUAUAUUCUUCCUCUUGCUGAAAGCCUUCUUUAUAAACASCGUAAGGGCUUGGUGCUGCACUGUGAAGUGGAAUGAAGGACACGCAUACCCAGCGUUAGAAACUCUGCAUUUGGUGUCYGUGAGCAUUCAGUACACACUGGCAGAUGUAAAUAUUUAUAUGAAACUGCAAAACUUUCUGUCCAGCAGUGUUCAUGCCAGUUGGGUAUCAUUGCUGCACCCGCUGUGGCUCCUGUUGAACUUGGUGGAAGUCCUGUGUGUGCAAAGAUGAUUUGGACUCUUGAAAUAAAGAGUUAGUCAAGUGUCUUUUUCAGA